AUGCCGUUCUGGGACAAGAACGAGAAGACAGGCGAUGUUAUUUCGCAAGCACCAUCAGACCCCAUUACUCGUGACUCUCAUGAUGAGGGUAUCGUUCACGACAAUGCCGAUCAUCUCCAGCGCCGCCUAGGUAACCGACAAAUUCAAUUGAUUGCUAUCGGAGGUUCUAUCGGCACAGCUCUAUUCGUAUCCAUCGGUGGCGGUCUUGUCAAAGGCGGCCCCGGUAGUCUUCUGGUCGCAUAUGCAGUUUACAGUGCCAUGCUCGGUUUCGUGAAUAACUGCAUUGCUGAGAUGACUAUCCUCUUCCCGAUGGAAGGAGGCUUCAUUCGUCUGGCUGGACAUUUUGUGGAUGAGGCAUUCGGGUACGACCACUCUCUCUGGAGUCCAGACAUCGUACUAACCAUGUUCCCAGCUUCAUGGCUGGCUGGAACUUCUUCCUUUAUGAGUAUGUUGCCCUUGCAGAAUACCCGGAGGUGGCUGAUCUAA